AUGGAGGAUUUGUACAAGUUAGUAGAAGAACAAGAGGUGUCGAAUGUGGAAAGACCGGAUGAAGAAGAUGACCAAUUUGACCCUGAGAUCAACAACCUCCAUCAACCUCUGCUCAAGAGGAACGGGACACUUUCGUCGAACCCUCUUGCCAUUGUUGGAGCCAAGGUUUCUCAUAUAGAGAGCUUGGACUAUGAGAUCAAUGAGAAUGAUUUGUUUAAGCACGAUUGGAGGAGCAGAUCAAGAGUUCAAGUGUUGCAGUACAUUUUCUUGAAAUGGUUUCUGGCAUUCUUAGUUGGACUUCUAACAGGAGUAAUAGCAACUCUUAUCAAUCUUGCUAUUGAAAAUAUUGCUGGGUACAAACUUCUUGGACUGGUUAAGUAUAUUGAACAAGAAAGAUACCUAAUGGGAUUCGUAUUUAUGGCCGGAGCAAAUUUUAUUCUAACUCUAGUAGCUGCCGUUCUGUGCGUUUGCUUCGCGCCAACGGCAGCUGGCCCUGGAAUUCCCGAAAUCAAAGCUUAUUUAAACGGAGUCGACACCCCAAAUAUGGACAGGCGUGACCUCAUCACGUGCGGGUCUUCGUCGGGUGUCUGUGCGGCCUUCCGUGCGCCAGUUGGCGGCGUCCUAUUCGCCCUGGAGGAGGUUGCCACCUGGUGGAGGAGUGCCCUUCUCUGGCGCACGUUUUUCAGCACGGCUGUUGUGGUUGUCGUCUUGAGGGCGGUGAUGGAGUAUUGCAAGUCGGGGGAUUGCGGGCUGUUUGGGAAAGGUGGGCUGAUUAUGUUCGACGUGAGUGGCGUCUCGGUGAGGUACCAUGUAGUGGAUAUAAUCCCGGUGGCCGUGAUUGGGGUGCUCGGCGGCCUUUUGGGGAGUCUCUAUAACUACACUCUCCACAAGGUGCUCAAGGUCUACAAUGUCAUAAACAACCUAAGCGUCUCCGUAUUCACCUCCAUUUGCUUAUACGGCCUGCCCUUCCUAGCCCAAUGCCGACCAUGCCAACCCUCCGACCCAUCUUGCCCGUCUUCGGGCCAUCUGAAGCGCUUCAACUGCCCCCCGGCCCAUUACAACGACCUUGCCACACUCCUCCUCACCACCAACGACGAUGCCGUGCGAAGUGUAUUCUCCAUCCAAACCCCCGGCCAAUAUUCCCUUCCUUCCCUCGUAAUCUUCUUCGCCCUUUAUUGCAUCCUCGGCCUCAUCACCUUCGGCAUCGCCGUCCCCUCAGGCCUCUUCCUCCCCAUCAUCCUCAUGGGCUCGGCCUACGGCCGCAUCCUGGGCCUUGCCAUGGGCCCAUAUACAAAGAUCGACCCGGGUCUUUACGCCGUCCUUGGGGCCGCCUCCCUCAUGGCCGGCUCCAUGCGCAUGACCGUCUCCCUAUGCGUAAUCUUCUUGGAACUUACCAACAACCUAUUGUUGCUUCCCAUAACCAUGUUGGUCCUAUUGAUCGCCAAAACCGUGGGCGAUUGCUUCAACCCGAGCAUAUAUGAGAUCAUUUUGGAGCUCAAGGGCUUGCCGUUUUUGGACGCGCAUCCUGAGCCGUGGAUGAGGAACAUCACGGUGGGUGAGCUGGCGGAUGUGAAGCCGGCAGUCGUGAGCCUCAACGGGGUCGAAAAGGUCGGGAGGAUAGUCGAGGUUUUGAAGAACACGACGCACAACGGGUUCCCCGUGGUGGAUACGGGAAACGGAGCGAACGAGCUUCACGGGCUGGUUUUGCGGGCCCACUUGUUGUUGGUGCUGAAGAAGAAAUGGUUUUUGGGGGAGAGGCGGAGGACGGACGAGUGGGAGGUGAGGGAGAAGUUCACGUCGAUCGACUUGGCCGAGAGGGGGAUGACGAUUGAUGAGGUGGCGGUCCGGAAGGAGGAGAUGGAGAUGUAUGUGGAUUUGCAUCCGUUGACAAACACAACUCCGUACACAGUUGUCGAGAGCAUGUCCGUGGCUAAGGCGAUGGUGCUGUUCAGGCAAGUCGGGCUCCGGCAUAUGCUCGUUUUGCCGAAAUACCAGGCUGCAGGGGUUUUUCCGGUAGUGGGGAUUCUGACUAGGCAGGACUUGAUAGCACACAACAUUCUGAGUGUUUUUCCUCAUCUGGAAUCAAAAGGAAACAAGAAGGAACAUUGA